AUGGCACUCUUCACCGAGACGCUAGGGCUGUCGCUCGAAAGCGGCGCGUUCUUCGCCGCCCUUGCGUUCAUGGGCCAAACGAAUUUGAAAGUGACCCUCACGUCCAUCCGCGUGCUCGAUAACCUCUUUGGGAGCAUGUUUUUUGCCUGCAUUGGCAUGAUUCUCAACCCGGUUUACCUGGUCCGCAACUGCCUCCCCGUGCUUUCGAUGAUGCUGUGCAUUGUCGUCAUCAAGAUCACGCUCGUGGUCGGGCUCAUGACGUUUUUCCACAUCCCGCCCUUGCGUGCGCUCAAGGCGGCGCUGAGCCUCUGCCAGGUGGGCGAG